AUGCCUCCAAAAUUCGACCCAACAGAAGUUAAAUUUCUUUACUUGAGAGCCGUAGGUGGUGAAGUUGGUGCUUCGUCAGCAUUGGCACCAAAGAUUGGUCCAUUAGGGUUGUCACCAAAAAAGGUUGGUGAAGAUAUUGCCAAGGCUACUAAAGAUUUCAAAGGUAUUAAAGUUACCGUGCAAUUAAGGAUUCAAAACAGACAAGCUACCGCAUCAGUUGUUCCAUCAGCCUCUUCAUUAGUCAUCACUGCAUUAAAAGAGCCAGUAAGAGACAGGAAAAAGGAAAAGAAUGUUAAACACUCAGGUAACAUUCCAUUAGACGAAAUCUUUGAGAUUGCUAGAAAGAUGCAAGAAAAAUCAUUUGGUAAGAAUUUGGCUUCCGUGACUAAAGAAAUCUUGGGUACUGCCCAAUCUGUGGGAUGCCGUGUUGAUGGUAAAAACCCACACGAUAUCAUUGACGCUAUAAAUGCUGGAGAAAUUGAUGUACCUGCAAACUAG